GGAUUGAUGAAGCUCCGAUGGAGUUUGACAUCGAGUCAGAGAUGAAAAGUCUUCAGGCUUCAAUGACACAGCUCCAAACAGAGAACACAGAACUCAAAGAACGAUUGGAGAGCACCGAGAUGGAGCUGAAGAAGAUGAGAGAUGUACCAAAGGUGGCGUUUGCGGCAUCUCUAGGCGGCAACGGCCUCCAGAAGACCACGUCCGGAAUAAAGAAGCUCCUCUUCAAGGACGUCCUCACCAACGUCGGUGAGGCGUACAACACGGAGACAGGAUAUUUCACGGCACCCGUACGCGGCGUUUACUACGUCCGAUUCACCGCCAACGCGCCUACCAACUUCCCCAUGAGCGCCGUGUUGUAUAAGAACGACUUAAAGGUGGAGCUCAUCGCCCACGAGCAGCCAUCAGGCGAGGGCAGCGACACGGCAUCCAACGGCGCCACACUGCUGCUGGAGAAGGGCGACAAACUCUCCCUGUAUUUGUGGAACGACACUCAGAUCUGGGACAACAGCAACCACCACAGCACCUUCAGCGGAUUCCUGCUCUUUCCCCAGUGAGUGCCGUGCUAGGCCUCCUUCACACACUCACUAAAUAUUCAAUAAAAAUCC